UAGAGAGAGAAAGUGUGUGGGUGUUGUUGUGGCAGUCAUUGUAUUUGCACCUUGUGAGAGAAGCCUAAAUGAUGAAAAGGCAAAGGCAUUGAAGCAACAAAAAAGCAACACAGAUUCAGCGAGGAAUUCCAAUUACUUCUCCUGCAAGCCAGUUUCCGCCAUUAAAACGCUCAACAAAUUCUCACGAGAAAUCUCAUCGCAUCGACAAAAGCAAAAACCAACCCUUAGCUUCCAUUGCUAUAAAACCUGAUUCUCUCCGAUUUUCUUCUCCAACUUCCAAUGGACGUCGUUGCUUCCUAUUCCUUGCUUUUCAUGUGCUUCGUUCAAACCGUACGAGCCAUUCUAGACCCCAACGAUUUCCUCGCUCUGCAAUCCAUUCGGAAAUCGCUUCACGAUGUCCCCGGCUCCAAUUUCUUCGCCACCUGGGACUUCACCGCCGACCCCUGCAACUUCGCCGGCGUAUACUGCGCCGCCGACAAAGUGGUCGCGCUCAACCUCGGCGACCCCCGCGCCGGUUCCCCCGGUCUAACCGGAAAACUAGACCCUUCCAUUUCCAAACUCUCCGCUCUGGCCGACUUCACCGUGGUUCCGGGAAGAAUCUACGGUCCACUCCCUCAAACCCUCUCCCAACUAAAAAACCUCCGGUUCCUGGGCGUGAGUCGGAACUUCAUCUCCGGUUCGAUCCCCUCCGGUUUGGGGAACCUUCGCAAAGUGAGAACCAUCGAUCUCAGCUACAACCAGCUCAGCGGAACAAUCCCUCCCUCCAUCGGAGCCAUGCCGGAGUUAACCAACCUCAUCCUCUGCCACAACCGUCUCUCCGGUUCGGUUCCCUCCUUCGCCUCGGCUCAUACCCUAACCCGCCUCGAACUCAAACACAACUCUCUCUCCGGUUCGCUCGGACCGCAUUCUCUCCCUCCCUCCCUCCAGUACCUCUCCCUCUCAUGGAAUCGCCUUAGUGGGCCCGUGGACCGCCUCUUAACCCAACUCACCCGGCUCAACUACCUGGACCUUAGUUUAAACCAGUUCACAGGCCCAAUCCCGGCCCAGCUGUUCUCAUUCCCUCUCACAAACCUACAACUCGAGAGAAACCAAUUCAGCGGCCCGGUCCAACCCGUUAAUGAAGUAACGAUCGAAACCGUUGAUCUGAGCUAUAACCGCCUAUCGGGUGCGGUGUCGCCCAUGCUAGCGAGCGUGCAGAACCUGUACCUGAACAACAACGGCUUCACGGGGCAAGUUCCGGUGACCUUCGUCCAGCGGUUGUUGGCGGCGGGGAUUCAGAUUCUGUAUUUGCAGCACAAUUUCUUGACCGGAAUCGCCAUAAGCCCCACGGCGGAGAUUCCGGGAAGCAGUACUCUGUGUUUGCAGUACAAUUGCAUGGUGCCGCCCGUUCAGACGGCGUGCCCCUUCAAUGCCGGCAAGAGGAAAAUACGGCCAGCUGAGCAGUGUAACCGCCGCUGACUGCUGUCUCAAACUGAACCCUUUUCAGUUUUAUAUUUAUAUAUUUGUUGCUAUAUUCAAUUCACCCUUUUAAAAGAAUAUCAUAUAUACAACAAAAUCAUAUAUUAUAUAUGUA